AUGGGUAAACAAACAAAUAUUAAUUCUGAUUAUCGUGAAGAAGAACGCUUAACAUGUGUUCUUGUUCUUGAUUCAUUUAAUAGUUAUAUCAAUGAAAUUGUAUCACAUACUACACUUCCAUUAUGUUUAUGGCCUGUUGAUGGUCAAUCAUUACUUGAUUAUACUAUUCAUACAUUAAUGAGAUCCGGUAUACAAGAAAUAAUUCUACUAGCAACAUCAAAUUCCUAUGAAAUUCGUACAUAUUUAAUGAAUAGUCAUUGGUUAAAAACCUAUCCAAAAUUAAUUCGUUUAAUACCAUGUAAAGAUGCUCGUUCACUUGGUGAUUGUUUAAAAGAUCUUGAACAAGAAAAUAUAAUAAAUAAUCAUUUUCUCUUAAUCUAUGGUAAUGGUACAUUAAUAACAAAUGAAAAAUUAAAUAAUCUAUUUAAUAUUCAUAAAGAAAAUAUAAAAAAAGAUAAAAAUUGUAUCAUGACACUUGUCUAUCGUCAAUUAGAAUCCAAUCAAUUUGAACAUCCAUCAUUUACAGAUGAUCAACAUUUAUAUAUUAUACGUGAUUCCAAUACACAUCGUUUAUAUGAUUAUUCAAAAGAAUAUCUUGAUACAUAUGAAAUACCACUUGAUCUAUUAGAAAAACCCAAUGUAACUAUUGAAACAUUAUAUUGUCCAUUGGAUUGUCAUUUAGCAGUUUGUUCAACAGAUGUUUUACAUUUAUUUAAAGAUAAUUUUGAUUUUUUAACAAUUAAUGAAUUUGUUAAAGGUGUUUUACGUGAUGAAGAAAUUGCUGGCCAUACAAUAUAUUCUUAUCUAUAUGAAACCGGUUAUUUUCUAUCUGUUCAUAAUUUACGUUUAUAUAUGAAAGCAACAUUUGAUAUACUUCGUCGAUGGUCCUAUCCAUUAGUACCCGAAAUAAUUGCUUCAAUGCAUAAACCACUCGUAUCAUCAACUGUAACAACACCAACAUCACCUCAAAUAAAAUCAAAUGAUUCCUAUACAUCAUUUCAUAAUAUGUCUUAUCCAAUUGUUUAUGAUAAACAUAAUAUAUAUAAACAAGGUGAUAUACAAUUAGAUCGUUUAUCAAAUAUACAAAAAGAUGUUUUUAUUGGUAAUAAAAGUCAAAUCUUAUCUGGUGUAUGUAUUUCUUCAUCACUUAUUGGACAAAAUUGUAUUAUUGGUAAAAAUAGUCGAAUUGAAAAUUCAAUUAUAUGGAAUCAUGUACAAAUAGGUGAAAAUUGUCAUAUUAAAAAUUCAAUUAUAUGUGAUAAUGUACUUAUACGUAAUAAUGUACAAAUAAAUAAAGAAUGUAUUCUUUGUAAAGGUGUUAUUAUUGGUACAAAUGCUCAAUUAAAAGAACGUAUAACAAUAAUUGCAUCGAAUUCAAUAACAUCAACAAAACCAAUGGAUGAUGUUGAAAUUGAUGAAGAUAUACAAUUACCACCCGUUGAUUUUAAACGUUCAAAUUCAAAACAAAGUCGUAGUUCAACAAGAUUAUCAGAUAAAUCUCUUCCAUCAAGUAUUGAAGAAACAAUCACAUCAAAUAUUGAUUUAGUUGGUAGUGAUGGUUUAGGUAAAGAACUUAUUUUUAGUUUUCUACAUGAACAUCAAACAAAAAGUUUUCAAGCAACAAGUGAUGACGAUGAUGAUGAUGAUGAUGAAGAUGAUGAUAAUGAUGAAAAACUAUUAAAUCCAUUUGAUGCAUGGGGUUAUCGAAUAGAAAAUAAAGAUUUAUCUAUUGAUGAUAAUGAAGAUAAUAAUGAACGUCCUUCAAAACCUUUUGUAAAACAACCAUCAAUUAUAUCAGACGAUGAUGAUGAUGAUGAUGAUGAUGAAACAUCAGGUACUAGUGGUAGUAGUACUGCAACAGAAUCGCAUAGAACCGAUGAUGAAGGUGAUGUUAGUGAAUUUCAAGAAGAAGUUAUUCGUACAUUAGAACGUGCUUAUUUACAAAAACUUAAAAAAGAAAAUAUUAUUGUUGAAUUAAAUAUGUUAAAACCAACGUAUGAUGUUUCACCAACGGAAUUUGAUCAAUCAAUAACACGUGCAGUAUUUUUGUUACCAUUUGAAAAGAAAAUAACGAAUAUUGAAAAACCAAAUUAUUGGAAUACAUUAAAAUUAACGAUGGAUCAAAUAACACAAGAUAUAUUAAAAAAUUAUAUGAAAACAACGAAUGAAGAAGCACAAAUGACAUUAUUAAAUGAAUUAGAUUUAAUUUGUUUAAAAUUUAUUCAACCGAUUGGUGAACGUAUUGUUAAUAUAUUAAAUUAUUUAUAUGAAAAAGAUGUUCUUGUAGAAGAAUGGAUUCUUAAAUGGUAUAAAAAUAAACAAGAAAAAAUUCAAAAAAAUGAAUUAGUAAUAAAACCGGAAGAAAAAAUUUAUUAUGAUAAACUUAAACAAUUUAUUGAAUGGUUACAAAAUGCUGAAAGUGAAGACGAUGAUGAUGAUGAUGAAGAUUAA